AAGAAAUUACCGUCGCCCGGUCCUGAGCCUCUUUAUUCUCUUCGAAUUAAAUCUUCGCAUUCUGAAUUUCUCAAAUUUAUUCGCCUGAACGGCCAGUAAGAACAUCCUGCGGGGCCAUCCAUUGUUUCCUUAUACUUUGAAGCUCUAGCCAGCGUAUAUCUCGGAUUUUUGGCCGCUGGCAGUAUGCCGUUUGAAACGGAGCCUCUAUUGGGCAAUCAGAACUCGCGCCCACUCUCCUCGCGGUCACAGAGACUGUCACGCUAUUUCCAUGAUGAGCUGGAUCCGCGACGGGGAGAUUUGCUACUUCUUUUCUGCUAUAUUAUUACAGGCCUACUGGACAGCUCUGCUGUCUUCAUCUGGGGCUCCUUUGUGAGCAUGCAGACCGGGAAUACGGUCUAUUUCGGCCUGGGUCUGGUCGGAACGGACGACGAUCGUUGGAUCAAAUCGGGCGUCUCGAUCGCGGGCUUUUGCCUGGGAUCUCUUUGCUUCGCAGCGUUCCAUCGCGCUUUCUCUCCUCGACAACGUUGGGUUCUUGUCACCUCAUUCCUAUUUCAAUUGGCGUGUAUUACUGCGGCAGCCAUCAUCGUGACGAUUUACAGACCAUCUCGGGACGCCCCCUUGAGCUGGCUGGUAUUGGUCCCCCUUGGGCUAGUCGCCUUACAAAGCAGUGGCCAGGCGGUGACCAGUCGCGUGCUUAAAUAUAACGGCCUGACGAGUGUCGUUCUCACGAGUGUCUACUGCGAUUUAUUCUCCCAUCCUGAUUUUUUGUCACCCAAGGUCAUUGGUAAUACCGAGGAGAUGCGUCGCACGGGCGCGGUGAUCUGUCUUUUACUUGGAGUCAUACUGGGAGGACUUUGGGCGCACAGCUCGGUGGGCUUGAUGGGGGCGCUAUGGACCGCGGCAUUGCUGAAAGCAGCGAUCGUGCUCGCAUGGCUGUUUUGGAAGAAGGAGGGACGUUGAGAAGUUCGAUGAUAGACCUGGUUAGUCGGGAGAACCGAAUUUUCCGCCUUUGCGCGGCCCUCUCGCAUCGAGUAUAUAUUCAGAUGAAUUCUAUAAGGUAUAUCUAUAUGCAAGUCUAUAAGUGUUCAUGAGGCCCGAAAUCAAUGUGAUCAGAGGCGAACUUGGAAUCGUGGAUCCGUGCGAAUGGCCGCGCCAUAUCGGGCAAACAGCAGAGGCACCACACACAGAGCCAAGGCGAUAAACGCCAGAAGGGAGUUUCCCCAUCCGAGUCCGAGGACGCUAUACAUUGACGGUCCUGCCAGAGGGAGCACAGCUCCGACCAAAGAUCGCAACGCCGU